CCCAGCCAUUUCAGGAAAAAAAAAAGUUGGGAAGACGUGGUUUCACUCGAGAGACACUUUAUGGGCGUUGUACGGACUUGUAAGCAGGGACGAGAAGCAGCAGAAACACCUCGUUAUAUUUCGUGUCUUCCAAAAUUAACGAUGGAGUCAGCCAUUAAGACCGUGGUGGGGCAGUUUGUGACCUCGUGCCGGGGCAAGGACAGCCUCUCUUCCAACAAUUUCCAGAAGCUGGUCCAGAGUCAGCUGAAGAACGUGAUGUCCGACACAGACAAUUCCUCGGCAGUGAAGCAAAUGAUGUGUGGUUUGGAUGAGAACCAGGAUGGGAAGGUCAGCAUCCAGGAGUACCUGACCCUGGUGGGCUACCUGGCCAACUCAAUGAGCGAGAGGAAAUAUGGUGUCCAGAACAGCACAGACAACUGAACAUCGCCACUGAGUUCUGCAGUGUUGCUGUGAAGCUGAAACUGCCCUCCCCCAUCUGCCUGGAAACAGCAGUACACGCACCAAAAAAAAGUGUGCCACUGUCUUAGCCAAUGUCAACUCUUAUCAAAGUCUAACACUCCCAAAAUAGUUAGAAACACAUUGUACUGCAGAGAUUUAAUGUCGUCCAGUGUCUUUUUGCUAGUUACCAAGUGCAAUUGGGGAGGAAAAUUAGACUCGAUGCCAAAAUGACUUAAAGUCCAAGCCACUGAUUUCCUGAUGUCAUGGGAGUGAGCACUGAGAUUAACUGGAUUGGGUUUUUCACUUUGUUUAAGUGUCUUUUUGUGCCUUGAAUGCAUUAUCAAAAAAAAGGAAAUAAAGUCCAGUUGCACUGUU